AUGGAGAAACCAAAUGUAGUGGAAACAACCCCUUCAGAGGACCCAGCGGCCUCUGAAGUACCACUACCCCCCAAAGAAGGUGGUGAUGACGACCUUAAGAGAAAUAUGAAGAUGAAGGAGAAAGUAAUUGUCUUAUUAGACGAGUCGCAAAAAUCACUAGAGAAGGAGGAGGAUGAGGCUGCAAUGGGUGGAUAUGCUAGCUCUGCCUUCCUGCUUCAUAUGGUUCCUCCCAAUCAUGGUGCUCCAUGCGGAUCCAAUAUAGAACUCGCGCUUUUCAGCUCUUUAUCGUCUAAGCCAAUGCCUUACAACAAGGAGGUGGUAGAGGUGGAGGAGGACUCGGAUGAGAACCCGGGGGAGAGUGAUAAGAAGACGGAGCCUAGGGUUUUCAAAUGCAACUUCUGCCGGAGGACAUUUUUGACCUCCCAAGCCUUGGGAGGGCACCAGAACGCCCACAAGCAGGAGCGCCAGAUGGUCCUCUCUUGGUGUCAGAAUGGACUCCCUGAUUCAUAA